GGCUUUCGACAAAAAGUAUUUCGCUUGUGCACGGACGCAAGCGUUGUUGUUAGUGUAAAGAGUAAAUAGGAAAUAAAAAUGUUUUUUAAAACACAUUCCAAAAGCUUCUCAAAUUGAAACAAUGUAAUAUAAAAUUAUCUACGGUUUCUGUUUAUCAGCCGUGAAAUGAAAAAAUAUUUUUUAAUAGAAACAUUUUAAUCUUUAAUAAUAAAUGGUAUAGAAUAAACAAAAACUUGCCAACACCAGUUAAGAUUUCAGGGCCUGGCGUGCCUACUUCUUUUUAUAAUAUUUUGAGAUGUGGUGAUGAAAGUAAAAUACUUGCCUUCAAUUCCAAGUUAACGAAAAAAAAAGAAACAAAACGUUAGCUUCCCUUCAAAUAGAAACGAAAAAGACGGAAAGAAUUAUGGACGCAGAAGUACCGGAGGUACCUGAUGGCGGCUGGGGAUGGGUUAUUGUGGCGGCAGUGGCCUUGAUUAAUAUGACGAAUCAAUCGAUCCUGUCGGUCUACGGUUUAUUAUUUGGUACGCAAUUAACGCACAUGCAACAGGAAACAUUUACUACCGCUCUGAUAACAAAUUUAAAUAGUUUGGCUUUAAAUUUCUCCGGCCUAUUUAUUGGACCCGCUAUUAAAAGUUUUAAACCACGCAGCGUAGCUGCCAGUGGUUGCAUUAUGGUAUCAUUUGGAUUACUUUUGUGCGCUUUCGCUACCGCAGGUUGGCACUUUAUCAUAGGCUACAGUUUAUUCGUCGGCUUUGGUUUGGGUCUAAUAGCUCCCUCCACGUUUGUAUCCAUUAAUAGUUAUUUCAAUUCAAAACGUGGCCGAGCCGUUGGUGUUUCCCUUGCUGGUGCGGGCCUGGGGCAAGUUUUUAUUCCCCAUAUCGUACGUUACUUUUUGGAUCAUUACGGUUUUCGCGAAGCAGCACUCGCCAUGUCUUUACUAUCUUUAAGUGGGCUUGUAGGAGCGUUCCUUCUUAAGCCUUUAAGUGCUAAUAAUACAAAUUCAGUGAAACACAACAACCGCCAGCAUAUAAAGCUACUCCUUGAAGACUCGAAUCAAUCCAGAAAAGAUGAUAUUUUGGAAAUUAAAAUCAGUACAAACAUUGAAACAGGGCAGAUUGCCGAUGAUAAACUUUAUCGAAAGCAUAAGCAAUAUAUCACUUUGUUGCCUUCCAGAGAUAAAAUCUAUCAAGAGACCACCAUUCAAGCGGUGAAACAUGAAGCGCUCUUUAAGAAAUUAAGAGAUCGCCUGAUCCAAGCUUUAGACUUGGAAUUAUUAAAAGAUCCGAUAUUUUGGAAUAUGAUUAUAGGCAUGGCUCUAGUCUAUACAUCAACCAUUAAUUUCUCUAUGAUAUUCCCCAGCUUUCUACAGUACACCGCCAAUUUGAGCAGGUCAACGACAGCUGCUUGUAUGUCUAUAAUGGCCGGCGCUGAUAUUGUUUGUCGUUUGCUUCUGCCUUGCAUAACAGACAAACUGAAAAUUCCUUAUCGCCUAAUAUUCUUAUUGGGUACGAUGGGCUUGCUGGUAUCCAGAACUGCUUUAGCUGAAUCUUCUGAUUUUAUUACAAUUGUGGUCAUGUCCAUAUUUACUGGUAUGACCAAAUCGGCCACGGUCCUUAACAAUAACCUCACCAUUUCUGCUUAUUGCAAACCGGAAAAACUGCCUGGAGGUUUAGGUUUAAAUAUGAUCUCUAAAGGGCUUCUAGUUAUAACAGUGGGACAAAUGUUAGGUUGGAUCCGUGAUCUUACGAACUCAUAUGUUCUUUGUCUGCAUGCGCAAAACUGUUUAUUGCUUUUGGUUAUCGUUGCCUGGGUAGCAGAGAUGCUAUAUAUUUAUCGCAAACAAUCGUUGGCCAAAAGACGUGCUAUUGAAGAAACCAAUAAUACAACAACAACAAAACCAACUGCAGCUAUUAAAGUUUAACACUGUGAAGACUGAUUUUUCUUUUCGCUCGAAGCCUGCUUUUAAAAUGCAUUCGUUUUAAGUAUUACUAAUAGUAACAUAGAAUGUAAGCAGAUUUACAUUUUAGUUUUAACAUAUGCAUACACAUAAUAUUGUGAUAUUAUUCCCAUUGUUUUACACCAUAUAACUCAUAAAUAUUUUACGAAUUUUUAAAACUCGUUUGAUAUGUAAAAAAUACUACUUGAUUAAAAUAAGUUGUUUACUUACUUAUCUUUGACUGGC